AUGGCCGCCAUGUCGUCCCACAAGCUUGCUGCGUACAAGCCAGCAGUUGAAGUCGAUGGGUCAGACGGCUGCCCGGUCCCACUAUCCGAGCUCAAAGAGCCAUUGGUUCUCAAGGGUGCCUUGAGGGCCUGUACCUGGCCUGCGCUGCGCUGGGGCACGGGCCUGCAGGCCUUGAAGAACGAGCUUGGAGAUCGCUUGGUGUCUUUGCGAUUUGGCCCACGCUCGUGCUUGGGACAACGGACAUCCUGGGAGGGCCAGUGCGAGCGCCUUUCUGACAUUCGGCUGGGUGAGUUUUGCGCCUGGUUGAGCGGGGAGGAGGUUGGGUCCAUUCCCUUCGAUGCAUCCUCUUCAUGGGGUUAUUGUGCCUAUCAGCACUUUGAGGCAAUGUUCAAAGACAUCGCAGACAGCAAUCGUGCUGCUGCAGACUUCAGCCGACUUUUGCCGAAGGAGAAGUUUCCGAUCUCUGUGCCAGGCGCCCCGACGCUAUGGCUGGGCAGCCAGGGUGCCCGCACGCCGUGCCAUCAAGAUGCAUAUGGGCACAACCUUGUCGCGCAGAUGGCUGGGGAAAAGCUCUGGCUCCUUUUUCCGCCAAGCAGUACCUGGCUAGGCCCACAUCGCCUUCCAUAUGAGGACUCCUCUACCUUCACGGAUGUGGAUCCCUUCAUUGAGCUGCCCCCGGGGUGCAGCGGCGUGGUCGUUGCGCUGAAACCUGGUGACGUGCUGGCCGUUCCACAGCAUUGGUUCCAUGCAGUCGAGUGCACGUCGGACUGGUCUCUGUCUUUAAAUCAGUGGCUUCACGCCAAAGGAGACGAAGCGCAGCGAGUCCAUGAAGCCGUGGCGCGAUGCCUGGCGACGCCGCUAGUGGAAUGCAGGUUUGAGGAGUGGUGGCUGAACCCAGACGAGGAGCUGCUCGACACAGUUGACAAUGUCGACUACUUGGCAUCUGCGCUCAAGGCAGCUUCUGAUGAUCAUGAGGAUGUCACGCCUGAAGCGGUCCAAGCAGCACUUCUCCGUGCGGCGACACAUCCGGAGGUGCCCAGCACAGUGACAUGUCACAUUGAAACCUCCAGCUCUUCGCAUGAUCCGUGA